ACGAUCAGUUUCAAUGUCACCUUUGUACUGGUACUACGUAUAUUUGGCGCGAAAUUCUCUGUCGCGUCUAUUAAUAAGUUAUAUCGAAAACAUUUCCUAAUAAUCUGUGAUUUUGUUUGUGUUCUGUGUCUUCUAGUUAACUGUCAUGUGAUGUUGUAUAUAUAAAUUUUCGGAUACUGGACCAAUUAUUUGCAGGCCUUGAUGAGGCUCUUUGUUCAUUGAUGAUCACUUAUUCUGGUACCGAUAUUUAUUAUCCCACAACUUAAUCGGCAUUAAUGUAUAAUGUUUGUAUUGUUGUUUAUUACUUCAAAAAUAAAAAUUAAGACACCAAAAUCGUUUGUAAAGUGGUUAUCACAGUGCAGCGUGCACACAUGGUCAUCGAAAUCUCAGCAAAAUAAUUGGAGGUUCAAGGGUCCAAAAUGUCGACCCAAGUACAGGCUUUGUAUGACUUUACUGGUGAACCAGGCACAACCGAGAUGUCUAUCACCUCUGGAGAAAUACUGACACUUAUAAAUACAGAUAUAGGGGAAGGCUGGUGGGAGGGGCGAAAUUCCAGAGGUGAAACUGGUUUAUUUCCUGCUGCAUAUGUGAGAAAAGUAACACCAGAUGAGUCUGCACCCACAAAAAUGGCUCCUCCAGCACCAAGAUACGAUCAGGCUGCAGAUGAUUGGGGAGAUCACCAAUACAGUGCUGGCGACAAUAAUUAUCAAAGGGCGGCUUCACAUGACGAGGGCUGGGAUGAUGAUUGGGAGGAUGACACAUAUUCAGAAAUUGGACCUGGCCCACAGCAAUCAAAGCAGGCAGUGAAUCAACCUCUUACACCAUUACCGGGAAUGCCAAUUAGUGAUCUCAACCAUCAGAUGGACGACAACUCAUCUACCUUUGGCUCAUCAGUUGGCACAGUGAGAAAAAAUAAAUUUGCACCAUCAUCUAAAGUCAGCGGUGAGAGUUACCUUUUAGGUACUUUAAAUGUUGAAGUACCAGAUGCUGAUAAAAUAUACAUAGAACAAGAAGGGGAUGCAUAUAUUUGGUCGCCCAUACCACAACCAUAUAAUGUAACUGUUGCAUCACCAAAAAAGGAAUCCAAAUUUAAGGGUAUUAAGAGCUUCAUAGCAUAUCAAUUGACUCCCUCCUUUAAUAAUAUUCAAGUAUCCAGAAGAUAUAAGCAUUUUGACUGGCUUCAUGAGAGAUUGCAGGAGAAAUUUACACUCAUCCCAAUCCCACCUUUACCUGACAAACAGAUCUCUGGAAGAUAUGACGAACAAUUGAUUGAGAGGAGAAGAGUUCAGUUACAGGAGUUUGUGGAUUGGAUGUGUAAACAUCCAGUACUAUCCAGAUCGGAGGUCUGGCAACAUUUCCUAACUUGCACAGAUGAAAAACGUUGGAAGGCUGGUAAAAGACAAGCGGAGAGAGAUAAUUUAUUAGGACUUAACUACUGUAUAUCAUUAGUUGUACCUGAAAAAGCUUUACUUCAAUCACAAGUAGACCACAUCACGGAACAAUGCCACAUUUUCAUGAAUAGCAUGGAUAGUUCUGUUAAAUCUCUGACAAAUAUGUGUAUAGCACAAACAAAACGAUUCCAAGGGCCUUAUAAGAGCGAUUGUCAAAAAGUAGGAGAGGCUUUUUACAACUUAGGAAAUGCACUAAGUUUAGAUGAAGGCACAAUAGUUUCUACUUCAAAACUAACUUCAGCUAUCAAAAUGGCUGGCGGGGCCUACAUUGAAAUAGGCAGAAUGUAUGAGGAACAACCAAAAUAUGAUUUCGAACCACUCGGUGAUAAAUUUCAUCUUUACAAAGGUAUAGUUGGCUCAUUUCCUGAUGUAUUAGCAAAUCACAAAGCAGCUGUGCAGAAGAAAAAAGAGUGUGAGAGAUUGAGAGCUGAAAAUAAAAUGGAAAGGGAACAAUUAAAUGAAGUGUUUAGAAGAAAUAAUGUCAUAUCAUAUGCCCUUCUUGCCGAAAUAAACCACUUCAAGUCGGAGAGGACGGUCGAUUUAAAUGCAACAAUGCAGAAAUUUCUCAAGCAGCAAAUAACAUUUUAUAAGAAGAUAGUUGAUAAAUUGGAAACAACACUACAACAGUUCCAAGAAUAGUGAGAAAUAUACGUAUGACUAGAAAUAAAAAUGGAUAGUUGCCAUUAACAUUAACUAAAUAUACUGUUUUAUAAUGUUGUAUAUAAUCCCAAGGAUUUUAAGGACUUGAUGAAUUAUGUGAUGUAUGUGACUGAAUUUAAAUAAUGCUAAUAGUACACAAAGCUGAUUAAUUUUUAUAUACUAAUGUUCUGUAUAUACUUUGCUAUUACAAUUUCCAUGAUGUAAUAUUUUAUAUCACUUGUAUACAAACUUUAUUUUUACUAAUUAUUCGUCAAAUAUUUUGAGACAUUCUGUAUUUUUUUUCUUUUUAGCCUAAGUGUUGUAAUAUUCCAUUUUUUUUUUAUUAAGGCUGCUAAUAAAAUGUAAAUCUUU